UCGACAGGUAGGUAUAUAUUCGCUACGGUUGAAAGCAUGCUCGACACUUAACUGAAUUAUACAUACAUCGACUUUCCUCCCGAUGACACAAAACAUUGACCUUUCGCAACGAUCACAACCAUGGCACGCACCGUCCGUCUAGGCGUCAUUGUCCCAUCAUCCAAUACGGCCCUCGAACCACUAACCUCAUCCAUCAUAUCAUUCAUCCAGGACCCCAACCUUGAAAUCACAGUCCACUACUCGAGAUUCCGAGUGACAACGAUCUCCCUAGCCGACGACGCAAAUGCCCAGUUUCAACUUGACCCCAUGUUAUCUGCCGCCCAACUCCUCGCCGAUGCAGAAGUCGACGUAAUAGGCUGGAGCGGUACGUCCUCAGGCUGGCUGGGCUUCGACAAGGAUGAGAUCCUAUGCAAGGCGAUCCAAGAUGCCACCGGUAUCCCAGCGACAAGUUCAAUUAUAGCGCUCAAUGAGCUACUCGGCAAGACGCACGCCCAAAGACUAGGACUGGUGACGCCGUACGAGAAGAACGUCAACGACGCGAUCCGCAAGAAUUACGCUAGCAUAGGCUACGAGAUCACCGAGCAGCGUGAACAGCAUUUAGGAAAGACCAAGAAUACCGAGUUUGGGCUCGUGUCCGAAGCCCAGAUCGGCGACAUGGUGGCUCAAGUUGCCGCCCAGAACGCAGAUGUGGUCACCGUCUAUUGCACCAACUUACGCGGUGCGCGUGCAGCGGUCGAGUGGGAGAGAAAGCAUGGCAUCACGGUUCUUGACAGCAUCGCGACCACUGUCUGGGGCAUGCUGCACAAGGUCAACGUCCAUCCUUCGGCCGUGAAGGGUUGGGGUGCGAUAUUCGAGCUUGAAUAGCUGCCACAAGAUGGAAUGAACGAGAAGACCGCAAGGGGGGGCUGCUCAACGACUGCCCUGCUCGAGCGAACGUCGUGAGGGACAGUUCUCCUGCAUCUGGCCUGUGUAUGUGUGGUAAGCGAGACACUGUUACGCUCGUCCCGAGAGCGAUUGACUAGGAAACAGACACCCUACUAGAACAUGGAAUGGGAGCCAGGA